AUGCUUGACAAAGUCGACGACACCCAAGUCGACCUCCUCGUCGCCCUCUGCGACGGGAUCAUCCACGGCACCUCCCCCGACGUGGUGAGGCCCUACUUGCACCGCGACUUCCCCGUCUCCGAGCUCCAGGCGUACUUGGACGGCUACGCCAAGCCGCUGGACUUCCCCCAGUUCCGCCAGUUCGUCGUCGACCAGCUCGAGUGCCAGGCCACCAGCCAGAUCCGCCAGCUCGUGUUGUUGUGUGCGGUGUUGAACCUGCGUAUCUUGAGUCCCGCCAUCACCAAGACGACGACGUUGAUCACCGAGAUGACGGUGCAGGAGCGUGAAGCCACGUUGAAGCAAUGGCGUGACUCGCCCAUCGAGCUGAAGCGGAAGCUUUUCCGCUUAGUGAAUACGUUGACGAUGGCGGCAUUCGUUAAGCUUAUGACCGACUUACACGGUAAGGCCAUCGGUUACCCACUUACCGAACUCCGGGCACAAUUAGAGGACCAGGAAGUCGACUACUUCAAGUACCAGUUCGUGCCUAACCCGCAAAACUCUAAUGUCGAAGUCGUCGUUCCUGAAGACGUCCUCGUCAUUGGUUCUGGCGCCGGGGCCGGGGUCGUCGUCGACACCUUGGCCCAGGCCGGGUUCCUGACGUUGGUGUUGGAAAAGGGUAAAUACUUCAGCAACGAAGAGCUCGUGAUGAACGACAACGACGGUACCGCGGCCCUCUACGAAAACGGCGGUGGCGUGAUGCUGACGUCGAGUCAAAUGCUCAUCCUUGCCGGUUCCACUUUCGGUGGUGGUACCACCGUCAACUGGCUGGCGUGUAUCCCCGCUCCCUUCAAAGUGCGGAUGGAAUGGUACAAGGAGUACGGCCUCGACUGGGUCGCCGACGAACGCUGGGACCAAAACCUCAAGUACGUUUGGACGAAGAUGGGAGCGCUGACUGACAACAUCAAGCACUCGUACCUGAAUCAGAUCGCGUUGGAAGGUGCCGCCAAGUUGGGCUACAAGGCGGCUCCCGUUAACCAGAACAAUGGGGGCAACACCCUCCACGACUGCGGUAUGUGCCAUUUGGGUUGCCGCUUCGGGGUGAAGCAAGGUAGUGUCAACUGCUGGUUCCGCCAGGCCACCGACUUGGGGUUGGCUAAGUUCAUGCAACAGGUUAAAGUGGAACGGAUCUUGCACGAAAAGGGCAAGGCCUACGGGGUGCUCUGUAAGGACGCCGAGACCGGGGUCGUGUUCAAGAUCGUGGGCCCUAAGCGUAUUGUCGUCGCCGGGGGGCUGCUCCAGACUCCCGUGUUGUUGCAAAAGCUGGGAUUCAAGAACAAGCACAUCGGGAAGAACCUCAAGUUGCACCCGGUGACGGUGGCGUUCGGUGACUGGGGCAAGGACGUCGACACUGAACCUCACAAGCACCUGAUCAUGACGUCGGUGAUCACCGAAGUCGAUGACUACGACGGCAACGCCCACGGGUGCAAGAUCGAAACCAUGCUCCACGCGCCGUUUAUCGAAGCGGUGUUCUUCCCUUGGGACGGCUCUGAUAAGGCCCGUCAAAACAUGUUGAAGUACAACCACUUGCUGACGAUGUUGCUCAUCACUCGUGACAAGGGCUCGGGUCUGGUCACCUAUGACAAGAACAAGCCCGACGUGCUUGUGGUCGACUACGAAGUGUCGAAGUUCGACAGAGAAGCGCUCUUGGAAGGGUUCCUCUGUGCCUCCGACGUGUUGUACAUCGAAGGGGCGAUCGAGAUCUUCUCGCCGCAACUGUGGACGCCUAAGUUCACCAGCACCAAGCCCAAGCAUGCGCGUGAUAUCAACGAUGCUGACUACCAAAAGUGGAGACUGGAAGUGGCGGCGAUCCCCUUCGACACCUACGGCUCUCCCUACGGUAGUGCCCAUCAAAUGUCCAGUUGCCGUGCCACCGGUAAGGGUCUGGGCCUCGGGGCUUGCGACGACAAGAACCGCUUGUACGAUUGUAAGAACGUGGUGGUGGCUGACGCCUCCACCAUGCCCACGGCCUCGGGCGCUAAUCCCAUGAUCACCACGAUGAUGUUUGCCCGCCACGCCGCGUUGAACUUGAUUGAGGACUUGAAGCCCAAGGCGAAGAUCUGA